AUAAAUAAAUAAAUAAAAAUCCCCUCGUCUCGCCUAGUUGCUUCCAGUUUCCAAGGCACACUUGCAUUGCAGUACAUUCCCUGUAACAGUCGUAUCAUCGUAUGCCCUCUUUUUUAGUUUCUCAAUGCCAUUGAUUCCUUUGCACGCCUGAUCAUGACUAUGCCAUAGUGAUUGUGCUUCACAACGCGAAACCCUAAGGGCAAAAUCGCAGUUUUCGCAUUCUGGAUUCUUUGUAAACUUCAAACAUGGCAGAGAAUAAGCAGGCAGAUAUAAGGAAGUGGUUUAUGAAAUCCCAUGACAAGGGCAAUGCCAAGGAAUCCAAGCCUGCAAUUCCUGCCCCAACCAAUAAAUCACAGCCCGAAAAACCGGCUCGUGCAAGCCCAGAAAGUUCGGGCAGAAGGAAAACUAGCAAGUAUUUUGCUACUGACAAACAAAAGCCAAAAGAUGAAAAGGAGACAGAGGAACUUCCAACAAAACGAAAGGCUCAAAAGCAUAAUGAUGAAUCAGUUAAACCCCCACCUGCUAAAAAAGUUCACAUAGUUGACGAUGAUGAUGAUGACGAUGACGACUUUGUCUUUUCUAGUUCGAGGAAGAAAUCGAAUGAUGUGACUCCUAGUAAGAAGUUGAAAAGUGGGUCUGGUAGGGGAAUUGCACAGAAACCUGUAGACAUUGAAGAAGGUGAUGAUGAUGAUGAUAAAGAUUUUGAAACUCCUCUUAAGUCUGGUGGAAGGGGACGUGGUGGAAGAGGUUCAUCAGCAACACCAGCUGGUGGAAGGGGCAGAGGUGGUGCACAGAAACCUGUAGACAUUGAAGAAGGCGAUGAGGAUGAUGAUAAAGAUAUUGAAACUCCUCUUAAGUCUGGUGGAAGGGGACGUGGUGGAAGAGGUUCAUCAGCAGCACCAGCUGGUGGAAGAGGCAGAGGUGGUGGACGGGGUGGAUUUAUGAGCUUUGGAGAAAGGAAAGAUCCCCCACAUAAAGGAGAAAAGGAAGUCCCUGAGGGUGCUCCCGAGUGUUUGGCUGGUUUAACUUUUGUAAUUAGUGGAACACUUGACAGCCUAGAGCGUGAAGAAGCUGAAGAUUUGAUUAAACGCCAUGGUGGUCGUAUCACUGGAUCCAUCAGCAAGAAAACGAAUUAUCUUUUAUGUGAUGAAGAUAUUGGGGGUCGGAAAUCCUCAAAGGCUAAAGAGCUAGGUACUUCCUUUCUCACUGAGGAUGGAUUGUUUGAUCUGAUCCGUGCAUCAAAACCUGCAAAAGCACCUGUACAAGAAGAAUCUAAGAGGCCAGUGGAUAAGGUUGCACCUCUACCAAAGAAAAGCCCACAGAAAAUAGAAACAAAGAAAGAUAGCAUUGGCAACUCGUUGGCAACAAAUGUAUCUGGCAAAGGCUUGACCUCAGGGGUGUCCCCAGCUAAGCAUAAAACUAAAACAGUUGCGAAGAGUGACUUAACAUGGACGGAAAAAUAUAAGCCAAAGGUUCCAAAUGAUAUUAUUGGAAAUCAGUCACUGGUUAAGCAACUUCAUGACUGGUUGAGAAGUUGGAAUGAGCAAUUUCUUGAUACUGGAAAUAAGAAAAAGGGAAAAAAACAAAAUGAUUCUGGUGCCAAAAAAGCUGUGCUAUUAAGUGGAACUCCUGGUAUAGGAAAAACUACCUCCGCAAAGUUGGUUAGUCAGAUGCUCGGUUUCCAGGCAAUAGAGGUAAAUGCUAGUGACAGUCGUGGGAAGGCUGAUGCCAAAAUUGAGAAAGGAAUUGGUGGAAGCAAUGCGAAUUCUAUAAAGGAACUUGUCAGCAAUGAGGCCUUGAGUGUCAACAUGGAUCGAUCAAAGCAUCCAAAAACUGUGCUGAUUAUGGACGAGGUUGAUGGGAUGUCUGCUGGAGAUAGGGGUGGAAUUGCUGACCUUAUUGCUAGCAUCAAGAUUUCCAAAAUUCCUAUUAUCUGCAUUUGUAAUGAUCGAUACAGUCAGAAACUAAAAAGUCUUGUGAACUACUGUUUGCUUCUCAGCUUUCGAAAACCUACAAAACAGCAGAUGGCAAAGAGGUUAAUGCAAGUUGCAACUGCAGAAGGGCUUCAAGUUAAUCAGAUUGCUCUUGAGGAACUUGCAGAAAGAGUUAAUGGAGAUAUGCGCAUGGCUAUAAACCAGUUGCAGUAUAUGAGCCUCUCCAUGUCAGUCAUUCAAUAUGAUGACAUUAGGCAGCGUCUUCUUAGCAGUGCAAAGGACGAAGAUAUUUCACCUUUCACUGCUGUUGACAAGCUGUUUGGUUUUAAUGCGGGGAAGUUGAGGAUGGAUGAGCGGAUUGACCUGAGCAUGAGUGAUCCUGAUCUAGUCCCUCUUCUUAUUCAGGAAAAUUAUAUUAAUUACAGGCCAAGUUCUGCUGGUAAGGAUGACAAUGGAAUCAAACGUAUGAACUUGAUUGCCCGUGCUGCUGAAUCCAUUGGUGAUGGGGAUAUUUUCAAUGUUCAGAUUCGACGGUAUCGACAGUGGCAGCUCUCUCAAAGUAGUUCACUUGCAUCAUCUAUAAUCCCUGCUGCACUGUUGCAUGGGCAGAGGGAAAUACUUCAACAGGGAGAGAGGAAUUUUAAUAGAUUUGGAGGGUGGCUGGGAAAGAACUCAACAAUGGGUAAAAAUCUGAGGCUUUUGGAGGAUUUGCAUGUUCAUCUUCUCGCUUCUCGUGAAUCUAGUUCGGGGAGGGAAACCGUGCGAGUAGAAUACCUUACUCUUGUCCUGAAACGAUUGACUGGGCCACUGCGGGAGCUGCCUAAGGAUGAAGCAGUUCAAAAAGUUGUUGAGUUCAUGAAUAUAUACUCAAUUAGUCAGGAGGAUUUCGAUACAAUUGUGGAGCUAUCAAAAUUUCAGGGGCAUCCAAAUCCGCUGGAUGGCAUACAGCCUGCUGUGAAAGCUGCUCUCACCAAAGCUUACAAAGAAGGAAGCAAAACAAGAAUGGUACGAGCUGCAGAUUUAAUCACACUUCCUGGAGUGAAAAAAGCUCCUAAAAAGCGGAUUGCAGCAAUUCUGGAGCCAUCUGAUGAUGGAUUAGUUGAUGGUGGUAGCACAUUGGCAGAAGGUGAAGAAGAAAAUUCUUCAGAUACAGAUGAGCUAGAAGGUUCUGCCAAUGGUGAGAAGCUACAGAUGGAACUUCAGAGUUUGAAUUCAAAAGGAAUGCAAGUGGAGUUGGAUCUCAAGGGCACAGGAAAUUCAAGCGCUAAGAAAACACCGGCUGGCAGAGGAAAAGGUGGUUCCGGAUCUUCAGAAAAGAAAGGUGCACGGGGUUCAGGGGCUGGUGCCAAGAGAAAAAGAUGAGAAAUGAUGAAAGUAGAGGCUUUGGUAAUUUUGGCAAUGUUCAUAAAUCAAUGUAACUAGGUUUUCCUCCUUUUUUUUGGCUAGGUAAUUUGAAGGGGAAAAAAGAGUAGACUUUCCUCCACUGUUUUUGUAGGUUGAUGUGAGAGUUGUAGGAGGGUGUUACCCGCUGGUAUUUCUUUCGUCGAGGAAGGCUUUUGGUAUCAUUGCUGUAAACACAUGGAUUAUAUCUUUUUGAGUACAUUAUGGGAUUGGAAUUUGUGGUCUGUGUUCA